AUGGCUGAAGAAGAACAUCAAGAAAUGGGCAUUGAUAAUGUGGAUGAAAUUGAAGGAAAAAAAAUUGAUAUGAUACAUGAUACAAUUCCUAGUCAAUUUAUACCAAAAGUUGGGAUGGAGUUUGAGACUGAAGAUGCAGCAUAUAAUUUUUACAAUGAUUAUGCUUAUAAAGUGGGUUUCAGUGUGAGGAUUAGCAAAGGGCAUAAAGAUAAAUAUGGGAAGAUAGUUAAUAGAGUAUUUUGUUGUUCAUGCGAAAGAUAUCGUGGGAAAGAUAAGCGAGAAGAUAAUGUCAAAAAUCCUCGACCACAAUCAAGAUUUGGUUGUUUGGCAAAGAUGAAAGUUAAUAGUCGUUUAACAGGAAAGUAUCGUGUAACUGAAUUUAUUGCCGAGCAUGCACAUGAGACUACAACUCCUAGUAAGAGUCAUUUGCUUAGAUCUCAAAGGAAAAUGACUAUUCCUCAAGUAGCCGAGGUUCAUUUAGCUGAUGAUUCUGGAAUUACUCCAAAAGCAAGUUGUGAGUUAAUGGCUAGGCGAGCUGGUGGUCGUGAAAAUCUUGGAUUCAUUCCUGAAGACUAUAGAAAUUAUUUACGUUCCAAGAGAACAAUGCAAAUGAAGUCAGGAGAUACAGGUGGUGUGCUAGAGUACUUGCAAAAAAUGCAAUUAGAAGAUUCUAAUUUCUUUUAUGCAAUACAAGUCGAUGAGGAUGACUUAAUUACUAAUAUCUUUUGGGCUGAUGUGAAGAUGAUGAUUGAUUAUUCAUAUUUUGGUGACGUUGUUUGUUUUGAUACUACUUAUAGAAAAAAUAAAGAAGGUCGUCCAUUUGCAAUGUUUGUUGGAGUCAAUCAUCAUAAGCUUACCAUUAUUUUUGGAGCAGCAUUAUUAUAUGAUGGAACGGCUAAAAGUUUUAUUUGGUUGUUCAAUACUUUUGCUAAAGCUAUGUCAGAAAAGAAACCAAAGACUAUUCUUACUGACCAAGAUGCAGCAAUGGCAAAGGCAUUAGCUUUGGUAUGGACAGAAAUAUGCCACCGUCUUUGUAUUUGGCAUUUGUAUCAAAAUGCAUUAAAGAAAUUGAGUAUAGUGUUUGGGAAGUUUCAAGAUUUCAGUAAGGAUUUUAAUAAAUGCAUCUAUGAAUAUGAAGAGGAAGAAGAGUUUAUAAUAGCUUGGAGCAAUAUGCUUGAGAAAUAUGAUCUUAAAGAUAAUAGUUGGUUGAAACAGACUUUUGCUUUAAAGGAGAAAUGGGCAUUAGUUUAUGGUCGAGAGAACUUUUGUGCAGACAUGACUACCACACAACGAAAUGAGAGUAUGAAUAAUGUAAUUAAAAAAUAUGUGAGUUAUCAACAUGAUUUACUAAGAUUUUUUCAUCAUUUUCAGAGAAUGGUAGAAGAUCGUCGAGAUGAGGAAUCAAAGGCAGAUUUUAAAGUAACCCAAAGAAGUUUAAUUCUGUCAUUUGAUGUGGAAAUUCUACGGCAUGCGGCAACAAUUUAUACUCCUGCAAUAUUUAAGAUGAUCCAACACGAGGUAUCAAGUGGUUAUGAUUGUAGUAUGUAUAUUUCCUCUCAAAAUGGGGAAGUUACUGAAUAUAAAGUUACCUCAUAUAAGAAGUUAUUUCAACAUACUGUCCAUUAUGACUCCUCUAUUGGUUCAGUGAAGUGUAGUUGUAAAAGGUAUGAGUUUGCAGGGAUUUUAUGCUCACAUGCUCUCAAAGUUCUCUCUUCAAGAAAUGUUAUGAAAAUACCUGCUAUGUAUGUAUUAAAGAGAUGGACAAAACAUGCAAAAAUGGGAAAUGGCAUACCAACUAACCAUUCUAUAAUCCAUGAGGACCCUAAGGCAAAAAUAGGUAUGCGCUAUAAAGACAUAUGUAGGAUGCAAGUUCAGUUAGCAACUAAAGGAGCGAUAACUGAAGAAACAUAUAAUAUAGCUAUUAGUUAUUUGACCAAGGCCAUGAAUGAUAUAGAUGUCUGUCUUGAAGGUAGAGACAAGGAAGUUAGUACUAGUGAUGGUUCACUUAUAAAUAUUGAAAAAGGUUGGUGUAGUGGGAAUAAGGAUAAUGUGAAAGGAAUAAAGACCAAAGAAAGAUUUCGAGGAUCAUCUACUAGGCCAAAAGGUAUUCUUGAAAGAAGAAAAAAGAAGAAAACUAUGCAACAAGAUGAACCUUCCAUUAAGAACUUAGAUAAUGAAUUGCCUUCAUCUCAAUUUAAUAAGUUUCCCACAUAUGUUGCCAACAAUACAUUCAUGGAGUCAAGUAGUAAGAUGAGCAUGACAGAGUUGUUACAGGCACAACUAUCUAGCAUUGAACAUGGAACAAAUGAUGUUACAAAAUCUGAAAGCAAAGAAGGACAAAAUGAUCUGUGA